AUGUCCUGGAACCCGCGCGACCGCCCGCGCACCGCCGCGCCGAUGGGGCCACGCCCCGCGCCUUACCCCUCCCUCUACACCAUUCCCGAGGCGGGCGAAGAGGGCGAUGGUGUCAUCAAGGUUGGGCCGCACAGCGAGGCAACGAGCAGCAGCGAGGCACAGAACGCGGGUGUCAGCGACAACGACACCCGCCCCCGCCCCCAGGCCGCCGUAGGCCCGGCCGCUGAAGCCGCCGCCGCCACCCCGACGCAAGCCGAACAAGCCGAGGUGGAGAUGGACAGCGUGCCCGUUGCCACUGCCGCUGCCGCUGCUCCGGCUAGCACGGACAUCGUCCAGCCGUAUCCGUGGCACAACGUCCAGUCUUCCCGCUAA